AGUAUAAAUAAGAGUGUCGUUAUCCCCUGUUCUAACAAAGAACGAAAAACUAUCCACUCAUCACCAACAACAGAAGUACUCUCACUUUAUUGCAUCCUCGCCAACAACAGAAGUACUCUCACUUUACUGCAUCCUCACCAAACCCAGUUUCUUAAAGCACCACCUCGCGUAUACUCGAAUACGCUGUUAGACCUUCCGGAAGUUCCAUCGACUCUCACAAGUUCAGACCACCCAAGCGUUUGAGAAUCACGGAAAAGAACACAACAAUGGAACAAAAGAACCCCCAAAUUGACGGCAAUAGCUUGCCAAACACGUCGCCACUGCCUCCAUACGAUGAGACUUGUCUACCAGAAAGCGGAAUCAACGGCUCUUCUCUGCCUGAGCUCACUCCAAGCGAGAAGCCUGGCGAUAAUAUGACGUCUCAAUUCGACUCUCCACCAGGAGAACACACAGCCAACAACUCGACCAAUCACAAAGAGUCUAUUUUGCAAAGGACCGAACAUACCACAGAGCAUCAUCCUCAACCCAAUUCGCUACACGGCAAUGCAGCGGCGCCAAGAGCACAUUGGCGUGCUUUGUCCCAAUUUACGGACGAAAGCGAUCAGCUCAUUUGGUACCUGUUGGAAAUCUUGGCGGUCACUUUCUCCGCCGACUUCGGGAGCAUCAAAGAGGCUGUAGCCAGUCACUACAGAGAAACCCGCCGCUCGAAUCCCAACAUCAAACAACACCUUCCGGCCACAUUCCGGACCCAAGCUCCUCGAUUGUUAUCCGAUAUCGAUCGAUUCAGGCUUACGAGACUUUGCCAGCUCGUCAGACAAAAUGUGGGAUUUGCGAAAGGCGGUAAUGACUUCCGUUCACUCAAGAAUCAGGAUACACCCUUUCUGAAAAAGUUCGUCACAAAGCCCUGCCAAAAGUACCAGCUAGAUGUAUGCUAUGUGCUAGAGGUAUUGGGACGAUACGAAGUCGAGGAUGGGCCCGGUGGGUCCAUCGGCGAGAGGGAAACACUUGUUGGCCACAGGUCAUACCUUAACAAGCUGGAGAAAGCAAGGGCAGCAGGCUGUAAUCGACCAUGCGACAUAUUCAAUGAGCCCAGUACACAGGAGAUGGACUUGGCUGAUACCUUGAGAUCGCAUAUCAGCAUCGUUGACCGGCUCGAGAACGUCUGGCCGAAUGGAGUCGGUGCUAUUCUCAAACGCGCUGUCCAAGGUUUCGCAGAGAACACCAAAUUCUACACGCUCUGCCAAUCGGAAGAGUUUAAUAGAGAGAUGCUGACCCCAUGGGACGAAUUUUACUGGCCCAUUAGCAAGGAAUACCUGGAACUGUAUAGUGCCUUGGGACAGGCAACAACAAACCUUGUUAAUUGA